AUGAAAAAGCGCAUACAACACAAGAAUCAAAAAGAUAAUACAAAAAAAAGGCGCAUACAACCUAAAAAAUAUACAUCAUUGUCUUCAGAAAGUAUAAGUAGUGAUCAUGAAGAACUAUCCAUAGAUUCUAGACGGUUAUCACGGCCUUUGCAAGAAACAUCAACGAAAUUGUACUUAGAAGGGUUUGUUUCUCUGCAGAAUGAUACAUUUAAACGGAUAAAAAUGCUUAUAAAAACUGCAAAAGAGGAGAAAUGCACAAAUGAUCAUAAAUUUAAAGCAUUAAUUGGAGAUAUUUUGGCGUUAGAGGAUGAAGAACAUGUUUCAGAUGCAGGUAUAUUAAAAGAAAAUAUUUCAUCUUUUCUUUCUAUUUUAAUGGAUUAUCGAACGAUACUUGAGGAUUUGAUAAGUACAAAGUCUUCAGAAGUUUUUAAAUACAGAAAUGAAUAUGAUCAUGAAACAAAUCUUGCUAAAGCAGCAAUUACAAAUGCUGCUUCAAACACCUUUUUAGAAAUAAAUCAAAAUAUGGAUUAUAAAAAGGCACUGAAGAAGUUUGCAAAAGCUGUUAAUCUUGCUUUGCUUAGUGUUGAAUGA